AUGGAUUCCCCGAUCGACCCUCGAAUCAUUGCCAUCGCCGGCCCUCUCCCCCCUGACGUCGACCUCACUGCCAAUACUGCGUCAUCCGACAGAGCCACUAUAAUCAGUGUAUUUAUACUCGCUCUGAUCGCCAUCGCACUUCGAUUUACUGCCAGAAAUAUCCAACAGACCAAGAUACAUUGGGAUGACUGGGUUAUCAUCAUCUCGAUGCUCUCAGGUGGUCAUUACGGUGCAGGUAAACAUAUAUGGGCCGUCCACUUGGACAGCCUACAACAGAUCUACAAGAUACUGUUUGGAUACACGUUCUUGUACUCUGCGUCAUGUGCUGUCAUCAAGAUCUCGAUCCUGCUGUUCUACGGCCGCAUUUUCGUUUCCACGGAGCUUCUCUUCUCCCUUUCCAUGAAGUUCGGGUACUUCCUUUCAAUAUCAUAUCCCAUAGUGAUCUGGAUCACUAUGGGCAACGUCUGUCGACCAUUAGGUCACUUUUGGACUCAAUUCGCGGGCACGAAUGGGACCUGCAUUGACAUUAAUACGUUCCUCCUCGCCCUUGGUAUCAUCAACAUGAUCAACGACUUUUAUAUCCUCCUUAUACCUAUACCACAUAUCUUCCGACUUCAAAUGUCACUGAGGAAGAAGAUCGGCGUUGCUGGCUUGUCUGCGCUGCUAGCGUGUCAAGAUGCAAAAGGAACAGGGAUUCGCUCCAAGGAGUCGAAGAGCGCUACGUCGAACUCAAGGGGGCCUAUGUUUACAUAUGGAGGGUCCAGGUAUUUUGGCGGAGGGGAUAAGCUUAAGCUUGCGGACCAUGAUGAUGAGGUUGAGUUGACUAACCGGAUAACGGGUGGCUCAGUCUUGGGACACACAGUCUCUAAUCACUCGAGCUCAGCAGAGAAUAUCGACAGACAAGGCAUCCAUGUCCAAACGAGUUACACCCAGCAGAGAGAGCUAAGAUGA